AUGGAGGACCAGGUCAACAGGCCGCAUCGGAAGUCGAAGGAGAAGAAGAAGAAAAAUAAGGAUCUGUCUGGGGCAAAUCCUAAAGCUUUUGCUGUCGCUCAUGCCGGCCGUCUACAAAAACAGGCUGCUAGAUCUCACGAUAUUAAGGAAAAGAGACUCCAUGUCCCGCUCGUGGAUCGCCUGCCCGAAGAGGCGCCACCCAUAGUUGUUGCGGUGGUUGGCCCACCAGGGGUUGGAAAAACUACACUGGUUAAAUCCCUCAUCAAGCGCUAUACGAAGCAAACACUAAGUUCUCCAGCUGGGCCUCUCACUGUUGUCACAUCGAAAAGAAGGCGAUUGACAUUCCUUGAAUGCCCGUCCGAUUCGCUAGCAAGUAUGAUUGAUGUUGCCAAGAUUGCGGAUAUCGUCCUUCUCAUGAUUGAUGGUAAUUAUGGAUUUGAAAUGGAGACUAUGGAAUUUCUUAACUCAUUGUCUGCAAGUGGUAUGCCAGGAAACGUCUUUGGAAUCCUAACUCAUCUCGAUCUAUUUAAGAAACAGAGUACUCUUCGACAAGCUAAGAAGCGCUUAAAGCAUCGAUUCUGGAGUGAAUUAUAUCAGGGUGCGAAGCUGUUUUACCUCUCAGGCGUUAUCAAUGGACGCUACCCUGAUCGGGAAAUACACAAUCUGUCCCGGUUUUUGUCUGUAAUGAAGAACCCUCGACCGCUCAUAUGGAGAAACUCACACCCUUAUUGUCUGGCUGAUCGGUUUUUGGACAUCACCGCCCCAACAGCAGUCGAGGAAAAUCCCAAGUGUGAUAGAACAGUUGCGCUCUAUGGCUACCUUCGAGGUACCAAUUUCCCUGCACUUGGCGCAAGGGUGCAUGUGCCCGGUGUAGGUGAUCUCAGUGUCUCAUCAAUAGAAGCGCUCCCCGAUCCAUGUCCAACGCCCUUCAUGGACAAAGCAAUGGCGAAAGCAACUGGGAAACCAGGUAGAAGGAGGCUAGGUGAGAAGCAGAAGCUUCUGUUUGCUCCUAUGUCUGAUGUUGGUGGUGUACUCGUCGAUAAGGAUGCAGUUUAUAUUGAUGUUAAGACAUCUACGUUUGAUAGGGAUGCUGAAAAUGAUGAAAAGAAGGGUCUGGGGGAGCAACUCGUUGUUGAGUUACAAGGCGAACGAAAAUUACUUGGACAGGCAGAGUCUGGUGAUCGCGAAGGUUUCGCGAAUGCUAAAGAUGGCGGAGACAGACAAGACGAAGGGCGAUUUGGAGAGGAUGAUUGGUACGAAGCACAAAAGGCAAAGCUCCAAAAGCAACUUGACAUCAACCGAGCAGAAUUCGAUUUUCUCGACGCACUCUCCAGAGCCAGAGCUGAAGGAUACAAAGCUGGGACGUAUGCCAGAAUUGUUCUUGAAAAUGUUCCUUGCGAGUUCUCAACGCGAUUUAACCCUCGUUUCCCUGUUAUUGUUGGAGGCCUUGCACCGACUGAAGAUCGAUUUGGAUAUGUCCAGGUCAGGAUCAAAAGACAUAGAUGGCACAAGAAAAUUCUGAAAACCAACGAUCCUCUCAUAUUCUCACUUGGCUGGCGUCGAUUUCAAACUACACCCGUUUACAGCAUCUCCGAUUCCCGAACACGCAAUCGCAUGUUAAAAUAUACUCCUGAACAUAUGCAUUGUUUUGGCACUUUUUACGGUCCGCUUGUGGCUCCCAACACUGGCUUUUGCUGUGUUCAAUCGUUCUCCAAUAAAAACCCAGGGUUCCGAAUAGCAGCUACUGGUGUCGUGUUGAACGUAGAUGAAACUACGGAAAUUGUUAAGAAACUCAAACUAACGGGAUAUCCAUACAAGAUCUUCCGAAACACUGCUUUUAUAAAGGACAUGUUCACUUCUGCUAUCGAAAUUGCGAAGUUCGAAGGCGCGAGCAUUCGAACCGUUUCUGGAAUUCGGGGUCAAAUUAAACGGGCUUUGAGUCGUCCAGAGGGACACUUCCGUGCUACAUUUGAGGACAAAAUCCUCAUGAGUGACAUUGUGUUCCUCCGUGCUUGGUACCCUAUCAAGCCACACCGAUACUACAACCCCAGUCACCAACCUCUUGGAUGA